CAGACAUCGAGCACUAAGCACUCCCGGUUUCUAUUCUCCUUGAGCAACAUAGUUAACACGACAUUUAUAUUGUUACUACUUUCAAGAUGGCGUCCGGCCCUCCCGGGAAGCUGUCGAGCUUUGAGCCCUCUCUGUGGGGUGACUUCUUCGUGAGUUACGAGCCACAACCACUACAGACCACCUACGAUGACUACGAGCACUGGAGCGAGCCGAAGGCAUGACCACUCAUCGCCCCUCCGUCACAUGAGCCGGGCAAAUCUUGUUGGAGUAGACAGACAUGAAGUCAUCGUGCUAAGUCCGAAAGGAACAGUGCCAUGGAACAGUAGCAGUCACCAAUGAAGAGAAGCGCAUAUCAAAGGAUCCAAUACGUAGACACAUGAAUGAAGGCCAGAUUCAUGCAGAUCCACCCAAGACAAACACCGACCGAAUCCCGCGAGAUCUGCGGAGACACACCUCCAAACUCCCUCUGAGGACACGAGACACACCGCCGGGAUGGGGUCUAGACGGGGAGAACCUUAUUCCAUCUUAGGGAGCCGCAACCGCCUUGCCUUCCUGAGUGGGACACAAAUCCUAAGCAAACUAAAAAACACCUCAAAAUGAAGCAGGAGCCAUCCCACCAUAUAUAAAGGGUCAGGAUCCACCAUGCCUCCAUGGCUCUAAGGCCACAAAAUACGAAGCAAAUCGUCGCCGGAUGGAGGCGGGGAAACCCUAGACGCAUGGGAGUCUGUCGUGGGGAGGAGCAAACGUUUAGUAUCCAGGAGACACGUAGCUCCAUAAAACAUUUAGCAGAUUAACGAUGCUCUAUCAUGGUUAACUUGAUUACGACGAGAUAUUCAUAUGGGCUGAUAUCAUCUCUCAGUUGUUGUUAACACUUCGUUAUCCACUCUCUGAUGCAUAACAUUGUAAUUCCUAAAAACAUACAUAUUGUUACAAUAAUUUUCUCGAAAAGGAGAAGACCUCGGCCUCUGCAUCAUCAUGAUGCACACGUCCAAAUAAAUUUUAAAAUAUAAACAUACUAUUAUUGUGGUAACUGAUGCUGGUAACAAGUCAAUUUAUGUUACUAUAACAUGGAAAUUUCUGCAUGCAUGCAUGCAUAUCCACUCUCUAUAAGAGGAGGAUUCCCAUCCGAAAGACAAAUAGGAUGACAAAUUUGCAUACAUAUAGAACUUAUAGUGUCUUAUUAUUAAAUUAUUCAAAUACGAGGCAACCAGGCCACCAUCUAUGUCUAAAUAAUUUAACAUGAUAUUAGUCAUUGAUCUUAAUAACCAUGUUAUAAAUUAUUCAAACAUGAGGCAACCGAGCCCCGACAUAUGCCAACAUAAACUGGAUAUAUAUUAAUCGAUAAUCUUAAUAGGCACGUAUGAGAUUUAGAAUAUAUUGAAGUUACACACUUAGAAGUAUCUACCCGAUAUAUGUAUUCAUUCUGAAGGACACGACAACAUGCAUGGAUGGGAGAGAAGAGAGAAGAUCUUGCAUUGUCAUGGCAUAUAAUGGGUGAACAGUCGAAAGUAAUAAAUGGAAACAUCUACAACCACACGACAUUGUAAGGGCAUGUACAAUGGUUUAUAAGUUGGCUUUCUCCAAUCUAUUAUACGCAAUUUAGAGAAUGUAGUUCAACAUAUUAUGCAAUGGAUUAUCCCUUAAUAUUGUCACUAUCAUUAAUUUAAUAGUUUGCCUAAAGUAUGGGGCGUUCAAAACCAAACUAAAAAACAUGUGAAUAAGAAAAGACAUCUCAUACUAUAGAGACAUAUGUCUUAUGUCAUAUCUUUCUUACUAAGAAAUCAUCUACUAUCUAAGAGAAGGCAAGUAUCUCUUUUGUGUUUCUCUCUCUUCCACAUGACCAAGUAUCCUAUGUAGAUCAUUUUACAUGACCUAAGAAGAAAGAAGUGAAAGAAGAACUAAAAAUAUAAGAAUGUGUAAAGUUAUGCGAAGGAAUGACUUUUUAUGGUAUUCUGCAUGAAAGGACACGAUAUUAUAUAAAGUUACCAUUGCAGUUUUUGUACUUGCAAUUUUGUUUCACCUAUAAUUGUACGAAAGUCAUUUCUUCUCAUGAAACUUUACACAUGAGUAUAUUACUAGACCAUAUUUAUUACAACAACAAUAACAAUAGAAAUGUCUUGCUUGUUUUCCUUUUUUCCAAUUCAAAUGUUAAAUUGGGUGCAUGUAGACCUAGUUUCCUAGAAUCGAGAUACUAGGUCACACUAUAUAAGAUAAUACAACCACAGUAUAGCCAACCACAAGGCUGGUGGAGGAAGAGAACACAAGAUAUAGUCCUAAUGUUUCAGUAUUGAAAUUCAUAUGUGGUAACAGUAUAUAAAAUUUAUGAAUGGAAAGAUGGCAUUGAUGGAUGAAGAAGAAAAGUUAAAUAUUAGUAUGGAAUUCUAAAAAAAUCAUAAUUGAUCGCAUAGUCAAUGUCAUCAAUUUCCAUUUGCACAAACAAAUGUCUUUGCUAGUAAUGUAUGUAAAACACUCAAUGGCAAGAUUUCUACUAAGGCAUGAUUUUUUUUUUCCUGAAGACACAGUUUUACCACUAAACUUUUCUAUAUGUAAAUGCCUCUUAUAUAGAUAGAUGGAUGACAUAAAAAAUAGUAGGAUGGGCAAGCAUGAAAGUAGCAGUGGAUCUACCGCUUGGUUGUCGGGUUCAGUUAAAGAAAUGAAGUAGCAUCACUGGUUUGCUUGACCCAACGAUUUAGCAUUAAUGGAGGUGAACUCACUCCUCAUCAGUUUCUAGCUUCCCUUAUGGGUGGAUGUAAUGGAAUAGUGUUAUUGUGGCAUCACCAAUGAUGAGGUGGAUUCAGCAAAAGAAUACAAGGUUUACAAAUGAGACAUCAAUAUUUAGAGCGAGGAAUGGAUGAUGGCGAGAGCUGAUAUACUGAAAGAUAAAAUCCACAUGUUGCUUCAGAGUUGCGAUGGAGCGUUGGGGAAAAUGUUCUUAGUGGAUUCACUCCAACAUCUCGGAAUUGAUCACCACUUUAAAGAAGAGAUUGACAAUAUGUUGAGCGAAAUCCUUGGGAGUGAAUUUAGUUGCUCUAGUCUCCAUGAGGUCGCUCUUCGAUUUCGCUUGCUUAGGGAGCAGGGUCAUUGGGUAUCUCCAGAUGUCUUCAACAAAUUCAAAUGUGAAGGCGGGGUCUUCAACAAGGACAUUACUUAUGAUACAAGGGGAUUAUUAAGUUUAUACAAUGCAGCUCAUCUUCUCAUCCAUGGUGAGCCAGCACUAGAAGAAGCCAUCACUUUCGCAAAGUACCAUCUUGAAUCAAGGAUUGCGAGUCUCGAGUUCCCCUUAGCCGAGCAAGUUAGACGUGCCCUUCACUUGCCACUGCCAAGGACUUAUAAGAGGAUGGAAACAAUACAUUACAUCUCGGAGUACAAAGAAGAGGAAUAUCACAACCCUGUUCUAUUGGAGUUUGCAAAGCUAGACUUUAACCUUCUACAACAUGUACACUUGAAGGAGUUGAAAGCUAUUAGUGGUUUUCAUAGGUGGUGGAAAGAACUUUCCAGAUGCAUCGAGCUGACCUAUGUUCGUGAUCGUGUGGUGGAGAACUAUCUUUGGUCCCAUGUGAUGUUCUAUGAGAAAGACUACGAGCUCGCACGGGUGAUCGGUGCCAAAAUAAAUGUGCUACUUACCGUCAUGGAUGACACAUUUGAUGCCCAUGCCACCAUAGAGGAAUGUCGGAAGCUGACUGAAGCCGUACAAAGAUGGGAUGAGAGCGAUGUUUCUCUUCUGCCGGAUUACUUGAAGAAGUUCUUUGAUGAACUGUUGGCGAACAUUAAGGAGUUUGGGAGUGAAAUGGCAAAGAAUAACAACUACGAGAUUGCCUACAUCAAGAAACAGUUCCAGAAACAGUUCAUUUAUUAUCUCCAAGAAGUCGAAUGGUUACACCAGAAUCACAAGCCGAGCUUUGAAGAGCUAGUGAAUCUGACCUCCAUGACCAUAUGUGUGCCAACAGUAUGUGUGUGUUUUCUUGUUGGCAUGGGCGAUGCAAUGCCCAAGGAAACACGCGAGUGGGUAGCUGGUUUCCCUGAUGUCGUCAUGGCAUGCGCAAAGCUUACACGGUUCAUGAAUGACAUCGCUUCAUUUAAACGUGGAAGAAGCAAGGUAGACGCAACGAAUUCAGUAGAGUGGUACAUCGCGGAGCAUGGGGUCACGAGGGAGGUCGCAGUUGCCACGAUCGAGUCACUCAUAGAAGACGAAUGGAGAAGCCUAAAUCAAGCUCGCUUUGGGAACCGAGUGCUGCUCCCUGCAGUGCAGCGGGUUAUCAGAUUCGCUGUUAGUAUGCCGUUAUACUAUGGUGGAGGGAACGAUGCAUUCACAUUCAGCAAGCAUCUUCACAAGACUAUUGAGGCCCUCUUCGUCAACCCCAUUCCCAUCUAGGUAGGGAGCUAUCUAGCUUGUUGCCGUACUACUAUUUAUCACUGUAACAAGCACCAAUCUGCUUUCCAAUAAACACAUGUGUGUGACAGUGUGUGGUUUCUAGUAAGAGAAACAGUUAUAUGUAUUGUUUAUGAGAUGAGAUGGAAUAAAAUUCGAUGUACGUGUGUUA